AGGGGGAAGAGACCGGGGUUGCGGAGAUAGGGCAGCAGGGGAUAAGAGGAAUCCGCGACGAGCCCUAACCCUUCAAUUGGUCGGAGGGAGCAAGAAGAGGACGACGAGGAGAAGCGUAAGUGGUUUCGGGCUCCCUUGGAUUCCUGAUUUUCGCUUGUGAUUUGGAGUUGAUUGUGUUGAAUCUGCGCCGAAAUUUGCUUUCGCGCGGUGGGGUUUUGGGUGGCGGAUUUUGAAUCGAAGUGGCGAGAGGUGCUGGUAAUGUGCUCUAGUUGAUGGUGUUCGUCUUUUGUUCGGAACGUGUUUUUGGUCGCUCUCUGGUGAUGGAAUGUGGUUUGGGAAGUUGAAGAGAUCGGUUUGAGUAGAAGAGAUAAAAAAAAGAAAAAAGUGGUCCAAGAUUGGAUCUUCGGCUCUUACUUUGGUGAUUUCGCUUUUUUUUUUUGCCGUAUCUUGGGGUAAAGAUCUCAACUUUUCCAUUGGCUUAUCAUUUAUUCAUCUCUGUACUAGUCAUCUGCAUCGUAUCUAGAGAGAUAUUGCUAGGGUUUGAAGUGCGCUUUUGAGAUCUGAGCGCGGUUCUUCUGGUUGGAAAUUUGAAGAAAGAGGUUAUUUGUGAUGUUGGUAGCUAAAGCUCCCUGCUUGAAUUUACUUUCCGUUCCUGGAAAUUCUUCUCCUCCCUGUUUGCGUAAGCACGAUUACUCGCAAUUUCGGAGUAAAAGAUCCAGUCUUUGUUACCCUAAUUGAAGAUUUUGAGUCUUUUGUUCGGUUCCCCUCCGGAAACCCCCUUUUCUUGGAGGAAAGAUGGUGCCUUCCAGGCCUCCCAAUCCUAUCAAUGGAUCGCAGUCGGUCGCCCCAUCACUUCUGCAGUCGAACUCGGGCUUGCUCGGAGGAGCUCAGCCCGGCGCGAUUCCAUCGCAAACCCCCUUCUCCUCCUUGGUCUCUCCCCGCACUCAGUUCAACAGCAGCAGCUUGCUCGGAAACAUCUCCAAUGUCUCCUCCCUUCUUAACCAAUCCAUCGCCAACGGAGGGCUGGGCCCUGGUGCUAACCUUGCGAUACCGCAGAUGAACUUUCAAUCUGAACCCCACUCCUUCACCUCCUCCUCUAAUCCAACCCAUGCACAGCAAUUUCAAAACCCUUCUAGCAAUCAGCUUGGGUCGGAAAAUGCGCAGCCCCAGCAGUUAGAAGCAGUGCAGAAUUUGCAGCAGCAGUUCUCUAUGCCUCACAACCAGCAGCCUAUUAGGGGAGGGUUGGCUAAUGUUAAGUUGGAACAGCAGAUGGGCCCGAGUCUGACCGACCAGAACGGUCCGACUCAGCCAUUGCGUGCGGUAAAAUUGGAGCCACAACAGCUGCAAAAUAAGAGAAACUUGGGUUCCGUCAAGAUGGAGCCGCAGAGUUCCGAUCCGUCGAUGCUUCUGCAGCAGCAGCAGCAGCAAAAUCAGCAACAGCAGCAGCAGCUAAUGCAGCUAACAAGGCAGAACCCUCAGGCGGCAGCCGCGCAAAUGAGCCUUUUGCAGCAGCAGCGGCUUCUGCAGCAGCAGCAGAUUCUGAAGAGCUUACCUCAGCAGAGAAGCCAGUUACAUCAGCUGCAGCAGCAACAGCAGCAGCAGCAGCAGCUUCAUCAACAAACCCUUCCUUUAAGAUCUCAAGGGAAGGGGGGUGCAUAUGAGCCUGGAACAUGUGCUAGGAGGCUGACCCAUUAUAUGUAUCACCAGCAGCGCAGACCACCUGAUAAUAAUAUUGACUUUUGGAGAAGUUUUGUUACCGAGUAUUUUGCUCCUAAUGCGAAGAAGAGGUGGUGUGUUUCUCUCUAUGGGAGUGGCCGUCAAACUACCGGAGUUUUUCCUCAGGAUGUCUGGCAUUGCGAAAUUUGUAAUCAUAAGCCCGGGCGUGGUUUCGAAACAACUGUUGAGGUCUUGCCACGGCUUUUCCAAAUCAAAUAUGCCAGUGGUACUUUGGAGGAGCUUCUUUAUGUUGACAUGCCACGAGAGUAUCAGAAUGCGGCAGGUCAGAUUGUCCUUGACUACCAAAAGGCAAUCCAGGAGAGUGUCUUUGAGCAAUUACGUGUAGUACGUGAUGGCCAACUAAGGAUUGUUUUUAAUCCAGAUCUCAAGAUUGCCUCUUGGGAGUUCUGUGCAAGGCGUCAUGAGGAACUUAUUCCUCGAAGAUUGAUAAUACCACAGAUUACUCAACUCGGUUCUGUGGUACAGAAAUAUCAGGCUACUGUGCAAAAUUCAUCUGGUCCUUCUUCUCAGGAUUUGCAGAACAGUUGCAAUUCGUUCAUGGCAUCAGCUCGUCAAUUAGCUAAAGCAUUGGAGGUGCCAUUGGUAAAUGAUUUAGGGUACACGAAACGAUAUGUUCGCUGCCUUCAGAUAGCAGAGGUGGUAAACAGUAUGAAGGACCUGAUUGAUUACAGCCGACAAACUAGGACCGGACCUAUGGAUAGCCUCAUCAAUUUCCCUCGAAGGAAUUCUACUUCAUCAGGGAUUAAUCCUCAGCAAGCCCAACAACCCGAGGAGCCUCAAUCUGUUACCCAAAUCCCCACUCUCAAUGCUCCAAACCCAGCUCAUUCAACAAGUGCGCAGGUUCCUCCUGCUAGCAAUGGUGCUACAAGUACAAAUGCAACUAACCCAGUCAAUUGUGCAUCAUCGACCGCUACACCUCCACCCACCACUGUUGGGGUUCUCCAAAAUUCGAUCAAUUCUAGACAAGAAAAUCAGAUCAACAGUAUGAAUCGGCCCUACCCUAGUGGGAACAAUGCUCAGAUUCCAGCACCCAUAUCUUCUACUUCAUUGGCUUCUCCACAGCCAAACCCAACUUCCUCUUUUCCUACCGCCCAAGUUCCAUCAGCAUCAAAUAGCAAUAUAAUGCCCUCGCCUCGUAGUGCAGACAUGUCGACGAUGCAGCCGCCACCGACGCAGCCUCGAGAAGCUGAUCCAAACGAUUCACAGAGUUCGGUCCAGCAAAUUCUCCAGGAGUUAAUGAUGUCGACGCAAUCAAAUGGAGUCAGCAGUUUGGGGAAUGAUAUGAAAAGAAUGAACGGGAUUACGCCAGGAAUGAAUGGCGGAAUAUCCACCGUGGGAAAUGUGGUUCCAAAUAAUUUUGCAAUGGGUAAUGUGGGGUUUGGUUCCGUGGGCGGGAUUGGUCCUUCACCGACAGCUGGUGGGUUAAGAGCGGCGAUGGCCAAUAAUGCUAUGGCCAUGAACGGACGGGUAGGAUUGAAUCACAUUUCUCAGGACCCGAUCCAAAUGAGUCAUCAGCCGCAACAGGAAAUGGGAAGCCGGCUUUUGAGCGGGCUUAGAACAGCAAAUAGUUUCAAUAAUCUCGCUUAUGACUGGAAACCCUCUCCCUAGAAGUGAGUUCCCGUUACCAGAAGAAAUAUUGCAAGAGAAAAUGGAGCGGCAUAAAAGGUAAAGCCCAGUGACUGACAAUGUAAGUUCUAGUUCAUAACCUCCUCUGUCGAAAGCCUUGUCGUACUACUAAUUGCUCGAAAAGGACACAUACAUGAUAGCUGCUGCUUUCACACAAAAACAAUGUGUGCUAUACUUAGCUUUUGUUUGUUUGGAUGGUUAUCUGUGUAUUAUCAUGCAGUCAAGGCAUCGGUGUUGCCUAUAGUAUGUUAGGGAUGAGAAAUAGAAUGUAAGUACCACGGGCACGGGGAAUAGAGCACCGAAUCCUCGUGUGCAGUGCUUGGUGUGGUUUCUCCGCAAUUUAGGAGGGAAUAGAUUCUUUGGUGUUCUAUGAAGGAAUGAUAUGCAUCUCAUUUCUUCCAAGCUGUUAUCAAUCUUCUUAUAAUUUUCUUCUCUUUUUGCUGGAAUGAAGCUUAGCUGCCGAUUUCUUUUCUCGGCCCGGGGCUUGCUUUCUGUUGCAUGUAUUGAACACCCACACUGCCUCCCUUUCCCUUCUUUUUGCAUGUGAGAGUUGAUUCUAUAUGACAGUAGAAGCUCUUAAUAGCUCUGCAUCGAUCGCGUUGUCACCUUUCAUUAGCUCAACCAUGUACUAUAUUUCAUUGUAAUUACAAUUUUAUCAACAUUUUCACACUUUGUUAGCUCUUAA